UUUUUUUAUUCGUAACUAACCUUAUUAGUGCGCUUUACUGAAAGUUGCAGCAAACUGUACAAAACUCUCAUAAGUGGGAAGGAUCUGCUUACUAUUUACUUCUUUAAAACCUUUAAAUAUUCCACAACUGUUCGCGCACUUAAUACUUUCCAACUUUAUAAAUACCUUAUUAUCAUUCCCAAGUCAACCACAACAACCCAAUAUAUACUAACAAAGAUCUCAUAUUACUACAAACAAUGGGUUUCUGUAAAAUCUCAACAAUGCUAUUUAUUAUGUUCAUUUGUCUUUUGGGACUUUGCCAAGCCCAAAACUCCCAACAGGACUUCCUCAACACCCACAACACGCCCCGGAACCAAGUUGGGGUGAGCAACAUCGUGUGGAACAUCACUGUGGCCAACUAUGCUCUGAACUAUGCCAACGCAAGAAAAGGAGACUGUAAUCUGGUGCACUCUAACGGCCCUUAUGGCGAGAAUUUAGCCAAAGGCAGUGGAUCAUUCUCAGGCACAGCCGCGGUCAAUCUCUGGGUAGCAGAGAAGCCUAACUAUGUCUACUCCUCAAACUCCUGCGUCGGUGGUGAGUGCCUCCAUUAUACUCAGGUCGUCUGGAGUGACUCCAUUCAAGUUGGCUGCGCCAGGGUCCAGUGCACCAACAGCUGGUGGUAUGUCGUCUGCAGCUACUAUCCACCAGGCAAUUACGAGGGAGAGUACCCUUAUUACUGAGCUAUAUCUAAGGGUUGGAUAAAUCGAACACAUUAAUAAACAAACUAGUGGAAAGAAGAUUUAUAAUAAGAUUUUGGUUCACUUGUUGUCUUGAUAUACAAGUGAGUCAACCGAUCAACCAUUAAUUAUUAGGAAUAUAUAAAAAUAUAUAUUAUAUGUAUUGAUAUGUAUUAAUUAUGUAACUGCAACCCUUCUUUUUGCUGGAAUAGCAGCUAUUGCAAAACAAGAGAAGCUUACUUCUCUCACUUAAGUAUGAUAUUCUCCAAGUUACCUUAAAUAACACAAUAUGAAAAUUGUUGUUGA